GGCACUGCUGAUGUUUAAAAGACACUCCUAAUUAGAGCCAAUGUCACACACCUGUGUACACACACACACACACACACACACACACACACACACACACACACACACACACACACACACACACACACACACAGUGGGCGGAGGAUCCUCUCCCUGAGAUCAUGGCAGUGGUUAUUUGAGAACUCACUUUUGGUUUAGAGGGACAGACACGUGUUUUAUUUUCUAAUGUGAACCUGAACCGGAUAUUAUGUUUUCAAAACUCUUUGUUUUAACAUUCAGAACUAUAAUAACAUAAUAAGAAAAACAGACCUUAAACAUUUUAUUUAUUUAUUUUGUGAUGUCUAAAAUAGUAUCAGCACAUUGAAAAAAAAUCCUUCUAGUGAAGAGACAUCACAUCUCAGAUAGCGUAGAGACACAUUAGGAUGCAGAGCAGGCUCUCAGAGUUUCAUCCAGUCCCAGAGACAACAGAGGAGGGGGAAGGAGAGGUAGUGUGUGUGUGUGUGUGUGUGUGUGUGUGUGUGUGUGUGUGUGUGUGUGUGUGUGUGUGUGAGGCAGAAAAAGGAGCGAUGAGGAGCAGGAGCUCUGGAGAGGCAGAGCAGGAGGAGAACUAGGAGGAGCGGGAGGAGGAGGAGGUCCAACAUCAGGCUCCUGACGGUCUAUGGGUCGACCCGCGGGCCGCUCCGUGGGGACCAGCAGCGGAGCGGAGCAGAGCGGCUCCGGACUCAGGACACAAGAGAGCAGAGGAGGCUGAACCACAUAGAGAUCUGGGCCGUGACAGCAUGCGGGGAAGCCCUCACACACACCGCGGGGUGUGAGCAGGGAACACCGGGUGGGAUGGACCCGCCGGAGGAGGAGGCUGUGCUGGAGAACUGGACCGGGCAUGGGCCGGAGCCGAGCCCGGGAGCAGCGCGCCCUGCCUGGGCAGUGACGGCGCUGGCCAGCGUGCUGAUCUUCACCACGGUGGUGGACGUGCUGGGAAACCUGCUGGUCAUCAUGUCCGUGCUCAAGAACAAGAAACUACGGAACGCAGGGAACGUCUUUGUGGUGAGCCUGGCCUUCGCUGACCUGGUGGUCGCUUUCUAUCCCUACCCUUUGGUGUUGUACGCCAUCUUCCAUGACGGCUGGUCCCUGGGCGACACACAGUGCAAAGUGAGUGGCUUCCUGAUGGGCCUCAGUGUCAUCGGCUCCAUCUUCAACAUCACAGGCAUCGCCAUCAACCGCUACUGCUACAUCUGCCACAGCUUCAGCUACGACAAGCUGUACAGCUACAGGAACACGCUGCUGCUGGUGGCGCUCAUCUGGCUGCUCACCGUCGUCGCCAUCGUGCCAAACUUCUUCGUGGGCUCGCUGCAGUACGACCCCCGCGUCUACUCCUGCACCUUCGCUCAGACCGUCAGCACCUCCUACACCAUCACCGUGGUCGUCGUUCACUUUUUCGUGCCCAUCGCCGUGGUAACCUUCUGCUACCUUCGGAUCUGGAUCCUGGUCAUCCAGGUGCGGCGUCGGGUGAAGUCCGAGGUCCGCCCCCGCCUCAAGCCCAGCGACCUGAGGAACUUCAUCACCAUGUUCGUGGUGUUCGUGCUCUUCGCGAUAUGCUGGGCGCCAUUGAACUUCAUCGGGCUCGCCGUGGCGAUCGACCCGGACGCCGUGGCCCCGCUUAUCCCCGAGUGGCUGUUUGUGGUCAGCUACUUCAUGGCGUACUUCAACAGUUGCCUUAACGCCAUCAUCUACGGCCUGCUCAACCAGAACUUCCGCAGGGAGUACAAGCGGAUCGUCAUGUCCGUGUGGAUGCCUCACCUGUUUUUCCAGGAGACGUCGAGGGGGGGCACCGAGGCCAUGAAGAGCAAACCGUCCCGAGGACUGAACAACAACGAGCAGCUGAAGGGAGAGUCUCUGUGACUCUCUGUGUGUGUUUAUCCUCCUUCUUCAUCUUCCUCCUCUGACUGCUCACCUGAGGGGCAGAAGUCAUGAACUGUCUACAGAGCGAGUGAAGAGAGGAAGAUAAAUACACUUUGUGUUCUUUAUUGAGUGCCAUUCAUUUAACUGAAGGCUCCUCAGUUCUACAUUAUAAUCUGACUGUUUUAUAAAGAGUAUCUUAAAUGU